AUGGCGAAUACCCAAGUCGCUGGAAAUUCCGGCAAUGCAGCUUUCAAGGACAAGGAGAAGCCUAUGGCUGUUCGCACAGCUAACAUCGUUGCAGCCAGAGCUGUCGCCGAUGCUGUCAGAACAUCUUUAGGUCCUCGAGGAAUGGACAAAAUGAUUCAGGAUGGCAAAGGACAGACAAUCAUCACAAAUGAUGGUAAUACCAUGUUAAAGAGCAUGGCAGUUAUGCACCCUUCAGCGAAAAUGUUGGUCGAUUUAUCAUCUGCUCAAGAUGUAGAAGCUGGAGAUGGGACGACAUCAGUUGUGGUUAUUGCAGGAAGUUUAUUAGGAGCUGCAGAUCGAUUACUGGGAAAAGGAAUCCACCCAUCAGUCAUCGCAGAAUCAUUCCAGAGAGCAGCAGCCGCAGCUGUUCAAGUUCUCCACGAUAUGUCACAUCCAGUCUCUCUCACAGAUACCUCGAUUCUUUUACAAGCCGCUACAACAUCCCUUUCCUCCAAAAUCGUUUCACAACAUUCAGGGUUACUCGCUCCAAUGGCAGUAAAUGCUGUCACAAAAACUAUCGACAUUAAGACUGCUGAUAAUGUCGAUUUAAAGAAUAUUAGAAUAGUAAAGAAGGUUGGAGGAACUAUUGAGGACAGUGAGAUGGUGGAAGGAGUGGUUUUAACACAGCCCGUAGUCAAGAACGGUGGUGGUCCAGUGAGAAUGGAAAAGGCGCGGAUAGGACUGAUUCAGUUCCAACUGAGUCCGCCCAAACCAGAUAUGGAAAACCAGAUUGUGGUCAACGACUACAGACAAAUGGACAAAAUCCUAAAAGAAGAGCGAACAUAUCUCCUCAACAUGGUCAAAAAGAUCAAGAAGGCGAAGUGUAAUGUCCUCUUCAUCCAAAAAUCUAUCCUCAGAGACGCCGUCAACGACCUAUCCCUCCACUUCCUCGCCAAACUCAACAUCCUCUGCAUCAAAGACAUCGAAAGAGACGAAGUCGAAUUUAUCUGCAAAUCCACCGGUUGCAAACCAAUUGCGGACAUCGACUCCUUCAGCGAAGACAAACUCGGUAGCGCCGACCUCAUCGAGGAAGUCCAAUCCAGCGGGAGCCGUAUCGUCAAAGUAACCGGUACCAAGAGCGCCGGCAAAACCGUCAGCAUCGUCUGCCGCGGCGCCAACACCCUCAUCCUCGACGAAGCCGAACGCAGUCUCCACGACGCCCUGUGCGUCAUCCGCUGCCUCGUCAAGAAGAAAGCCCUCAUCGCCGGCGGCGGCGCGCCCGAAAUCGAAAUCGCAUCCCAGAUCGCGCGCCAGAGCCGCGCUCUCAAAGGCACCGAAGCAAUCUGCUGGAAAGCCUUUGCCGACGCCAUGGAAGUGAUCCCGACCACACUGGCCGAGAACGCAGGAUUGAACAGCAUCAAAGUGGUCACGGAGCUGCGUCACAAACACGCGAAUGGCGAGAAGAACGCUGGUGUGAGUAUUAAGAGUGGAGGCGUGAAAGUGGAUAUCGCGGAUGAGAAUGUGUUGCAGCCGUUGUUGGUUAGUACUAGUGCGAUUCAGCUGGCGAGUGAGACGGUCAAGAUGAUUUUGAGGAUUGAUGAUAUUGCGUUGAGUAGAUAA